AUGACGACCAAUGAUCAAAUAUCUGACGCUCCGUCAGCAUUAGCAUCCUCAGCAACAGCAACUGCAACACCAAAGUAUAGUACAAAAGAAAGAAAUUGUAAAACAAUUCCAGUAGCACCAGCGCAUCGUCUUGAUAUUGAAGAUAUUUAUUCUCAUCCAUCCGAUCCAGAUGACAAACCUAAUUUAGAUAUCCUUAAGCAACAUCUUUUACUCGAAGGUCGUCUUACUGAACAAGCUGCAAUUCGAAUAAUUGAAGCGGGCGCUGCAAUCUUACGCGAUGAAUCCACAAUGAUUGAUAUUGAAGCACCAUUGACAAUAUGUGGCGAUAUUCAUGGGCAACUAUACGAUUUAGUCAAAUUAUUUGAAGUAGGAGGUUCUCCGGCUACUACUCGUUAUUUAUUUCUUGGCGAUUAUAUUGAUAGGGGAUAUUUUGGAAUCGAAUGUGUUCUUUAUUUAUGGUCGUUAAAAACUCAUUAUCCGAAAACAUUUUUUUUACUUCGCGGUAAUCACGAAUGUCGACAUUUAACAGAUUAUUUUACGUUUAAACAAGAAUGUCGUGUUAAAUAUACAGAAAAAGUUUAUGAAACGAGUAUGAUCGCUUUCGAUUGUCUACCAUUAGCUGCAUUGAUGAAUAAACAAUUUCUAUGUGUACAUGGUGGACUUUCACCAGAGAUUCAUACAUUGGAUGACAUACGAAAGUUAGAUCGAUUUCGUGAACCUCCUCCUUAUGGUCCAAUGUGUGAUCUUCUUUGGUCUGAUCCAGUUGAAGAUUAUGGAAAUGAAAAAGAAAAUUCAUCAACAACAACAUCCAAACGUCUUAAUAGUAUUCCAUUAAAUGAUCUAUGCCAAUCAAUUCCUACGUCACCAAAUGAACACUUAUUUCUACCGAAUACAACACGAGGUUGUUCGUAUUUUUAUACAUAUGCUGCUAUUAAUGAAUUUUUAAUACAGAAUCAGAUACUUUCAAUAAUUCGUGCUCAUGAAGCGCAAGAUGUUGGCUAUCGAAUGUAUAAAAAAUCAGUGGAAACUGGUUUUCCAUCAUUAAUAACAAUUUUUUCAGCACCCAACUAUUUAGAUGUCUACCAAAAUAAAGCAGCUAUUAUGAAAUAUGAAAAUAAUGUUGUUAAUAUUCGACAGUUUAAUUGUUCGCCACAUCCAUAUUGGUUACCAAAUUUUAUGGACGUUUUCUCAUGGUCAUUGCCGUUCGUUGGCGAAAAAGUCAUUGACGUACUUUUAAAUAUUCUUAAUAUAUGUACAGACGAAGAACUAGCUGAAUAUGAUGAACAUAUUGAUACAUUAAUCGAACGUAAUAAUCGUGAACAACGUAAAGAGCAAAUUCGUUCAAAAAUACGUGCAUUAGGUAAAGUAGCUAAGGCUUAUCAAUCCCUACGUGAAUUAAGUGAAAAUGUUGUUACAUUACGUGGCUUAACGCCAUCGACAAGUUUAACAGAAUUAAAUAAUAAUAAUGAUGUUAAAUCUGAAACAGAAGUUGCUGCAAGUAUGCUUCGAGAUAAAACUGUUACAACGAAAGAACGUUUUUCAAAAGCUAAAAUAUUGGAUAAAGUUAAUGAACGUAUGCCACCACCGAAACCAUCAAAUCCAAUUGGCGGUCUUAGUGUUGCUGAGCGUAUUAAACGUUCAUCAAUCAAUAAUCAACCACCACAGAAGCCACUUAAAAAAGAACCCCCGUCAAAAUCAAUCCCCAGCGCAACAACACAAGGUCUUGUUAAAAUGAGACGUGAAAGUUAUGCUGUUACACCAAAAACAGCAAUAAUAAAACGACCAUCAGCAGCUGCUGUGAGUUUACCAACAGCCGUCAAUGGUAGCAAUGCGUCAACAACGAAGAAAUGA